GUUCACUGCGUCAAGCGUUGCGCGCGUCACGUGUCCGAAGCGAAUUAGGUUGUUGAUGAUGCAAAACGAGCAUGCGGCGCUGCUGGUGCCGCCGGUGGAGAGCAGCACGAAAUUGGUCAGCAAACCGUUUCCGAAACCCUUCUCCAUCGAGAGUCUGAUUGCCAAUCAAACACCUGCCGUUUUACCAUCGGCAGGCAAUGUCGAACGCAAGCAGGAACAGGACCUGGAACCGGAACAGGAUCGGGAUCGGGAUCGGGAACGUGAUCGGGAUAGUAAUCGGCAGAUAAAUGCACGCGCUAUUGUGGCCAGUUCAGCGCUGGGCCUGACCCAGUUUCCGCUUUACAAUCCCUGGCUGCACGGGUACUUUGCCCAGAAUCAUGAGCGGCUCAGCCAUUUAAUUGCCGGCGGUUGUUAUUUGGGUUCGCCGUUUGCCGGCAAGGAACCGCAGCCACAAUUGGCACCACCACUGCCGCCCCAGCCGACGCAUGCCUUGGACAAUCUCAGCCUUAGUUCGACCAAACCAAAUCAAAGCAACGACGUCGAUUUGGGUCGUCUGCCGAUGCCGCAUCCGUUGGACAAUCGAUUCCUGCCCUUCAAUGCUGCUGUCACAGCGCCCACGGAUCUGAGCUAUCGACGUUUGGCGGAGCUCAUGAAUCAGGAUUAUGUACACAAUCUGAGCGUGCAUGCGCGGCUCCAGCAUAUGGCCGCAGCCCGGGCACAGGACGAGAGUCAACAUUCACAUCCGCAUCAGGCACUGGCUGCCACUGGCUGCCAAGAGCCAUCGCCACAUCCCGCCUACUCGCCCUCAAAGUCACACAGCAGCCCCAGCACGGAGCCAGCCGUUGAUGUGGGCAUGGAUGAGGAUUACGAGUGCAGCGGGGACUCGUGCAGCGACAUUAGCCUAACCAUGUCGCCUCAGAACUACAACGCCGAUCUGGAUAAAAGUCGCAAUGGAGCGUAUACAAACUCGGAUAGUGAGGAUUGCAGUGAUGACGAUGGCGGCCACUCGCGUCACGAAGCCGGCGGCAAGGAGUCCCAAGGCGGUGGCAGCAGCAGCAGCUCGAAAUCGCGACGGCGUCGCACAGCUUUCACAUCGGAGCAGCUGCUGGAGCUGGAGCGCGAGUUCCAUGCCAAAAAGUAUCUCAGCCUCACGGAGCGCAGUCAAAUAGCCACAAGUCUGAAAUUGAGUGAAGUGCAGGUGAAAAUCUGGUUUCAAAAUCGUCGCGCCAAAUGGAAACGCGUCAAGGCCGGACUCACAUCGCACGGUCUGGGCCGGAAUGGCAGUGCCAAUGGCACAAAAAUUGUGGUGCCGAUACCCGUGCAUGUGAAUCGGUUUGCUGUGCGCUCCCAGCACCAGCAGCUGGAGAAAAUGUGCCUCAGCGGACCCAAACCGGAUUUGCGCAAGAAGCUGCCAACGGAAGCGAUUAGCGGUUUUGAGAAGUUCAAUGCAGGUGCUGCUGCUGCUGCCUCAUCAGUGGCUGGUGUUGGUGUUGGUGUGGGCAUGAGCAUGGGCGUGGGAGUGGGAGUAGGCAUGCCACCGAUUGGCGCAUUAGCACCCAGUCCUGCCGCCUCAUUGGCCCUGGCGCGCAGUAUUUAUUGAGGCAGCAGAUGCAGCAACAAAAACAAAAAACAAAAAAACACAUUUAUGUUAACAUUAUUUUUGCCGAGUUAUUUUUGUACAUAAGAAUGUCCCCCUCCCCAGUAAAAUUGGCCCGAGUGUAUAGACAAGGCUUUGUAUUGUAAAUAAUAAAUAAAAACAAUUGAAUUAAUGUGA